AUGAAAAACAUUAAUCCAUAAAGUCCCUCGCCAUACAAAUUAAAGGAUUCCAAUUUAAACUAUGAUACUUAGCAAUAUCAAGAAUUGAUGAAGAAUUUUGAAAAUUUAAUCAAAGUCACUCAAGACAAACUUUACUCCAAUUAAAAAAAAAUAGAAGAAACUUGUAAGUGUUCAAUAGAGGAUCAAUAUUAAGCCUUAUUAAUAGAAAAUGACAACCUAAAAUAACUGCUCUAAGAAUUACAAUUGAAAUUAGAACAGGAUAAUUCCGAUGUUAGACCACUAGAAUAACAAUAAUAAUUUGAAUCCUUCAUGAAAGAGGCUGUAUUAAAAUCGGAACAACAAAAUGAACUUAUAGAGAGAUUAUAGCAGCAAACUUUGGAAUUUCAGCAAUAGUUGUUAAUUGAAAAAGGUUAACAUUGUUAAACCCAAAAAUAACUUUCAGACAUUUAAGAAGAAUUUCAUAAUUAUAAAAAAGAAAGGACUCUUUAAUAGUGUUAUGAUUUCGAAGUAACUGAGAAAAUCACACAAGGCUAUUCAGAAUUGGUUAAAGAAAAUCAAAAAUAGAAAUAGGAAUUGAAGGAACUUUAACAAGAGAUAGACAAAUUAAGAAUUGCAUUAAAUUAAGCUUACAUUUCAUUAUCAAAACAAUAGCAAUAAUAACAUAAACUGCCUUUAAGAAUUACAAAUCAGGAUGAAUUGCAAACAACAGGAACUCAGACAGAGACCAUUAUAUAUUAGUAGCAUGAAAUUUUAAAGGAAAGAAUAAACAAUUAAAUGUACAAUUUAGAAAAAUUCAUUUCAUAAUAUUUGGAUAAAAAGAAGAUGAGAAAUAAAUCAGCGAAUGAAAAUAAAUUUUAUACUGACCUAAGUUGUUGGGUUGAACAAGCAAAAUUCGAAUUGAUUUCAUUAAAACAAUAAAUUACAGCUUUGGUUACUGAAAAAGAACAUUAAAAAGAGCAACUGAUUGCAGUAAAAUAAGAUUUUGAAUAAGCUUAGAACUCUUUGACUUAAGAAACACAAGUAUUAAAAAGUGAAAUAAAGAAUUAGAAUGAAAAGUAUUAAAUUUUAUUAGAGGAUUUCAAUAAGGCUUAAAUAAAAUAUACUGAAAUUGCAGAAGAGAAAAAAUUAAUUUCUAAUGUCAGAAUCUAAUUGGAAAGCGAGCUUAAUUAAUUGAAAUCAUAAUAUGAGUAACUACAAUUUGAGUCGAACUCUUAUGAUACAUAGUUUAAAAUAAUAACUUAAUCAUAUUAAAGUGAUAAGAAACUAUAUGAAGAUUAAUUAGAGAAAUAAUAAUAAAAAAAUUUAUCCCUAGAAUCAGAGCUUUCUUAAAGUUUGUUGUAAAAGGAACAAAUAAUUAACUAACUAGGCUUAGCAAAUAAUAAUAUUUAACAACUAUAAUAAUAAUUAAAAGAAGCGUAAGAAAAAGCCAAUCAUUCAUCAGAACAUUUUGAAUAAACUUAAGAGAAAAUCACUUUUAUAAUAAAGGAAAAAGAGCAGCUUAUGAAAUCAAAUCUGGAACUUGAAUAGAAUCAAUAGAUUUUGAAAGAGAAUAUUAAUAAGCUGAAAGAAUAACAGUCCAAACUCGAGAAAGAAAGAUAAAACAAUCAGAACUUAGUUUAUGAAAUGGAAAAGGAGAAGGAAGAUUUAAAAAUCUAUUGCUAAAAACUUUAAUAGGAUUUAACUGAGCGAAAUGUUCAAUUAACAUCUUUAAAGGAGCAAUUGUCAAACAUGGAAUAUUAAUUAUACCUAACUCCAUCUGAUGAUAAGUCAAGAAUUGAAAAUACCUAUAUGUCCUCAAAGAUAGAAGAUUUAGAAAGUAUUUUGAAAGAGAAAGAUCAAAAAAUCGAGGAUCUAGAAAGAUUGUACCAUUUAACUAACUAUGAAUUGAGAAUCUUAUAAGACUAUUCAUCAACUUUUGAGAGAGACUUGGAAUUUUAUAAAACCAAAGUUUAAAAAUUAGAAUAAGAACUUAUAGAAUAACAAAAUGUAUUAUCCAUUUCUAAAGCUUCAGUAAAUUCUAAUAUACCAACGAACAAAUUUGAUGAAUAAGCUAGAAUGAAUUCUUCACCCAUUUCUUCUUUAAAAAUAGACUCCUAGACUACUAACGGAUCCCCUUAGAUCUAAGUUAAAAUAUUAUCUGGCGAGAUUUAAAGACUAAGUCAAAUUGUCAAAAUACAAUAGAAGAAAUUAUUGGAUUUAUAAUAUUUUAUUGAAAAGAUGAUUACAUCUAACGAAUAAAAUAGAUUAUUAGCAAAGCAAAUUCUCCUCUAGGCUAGUUAAUGUGGAGAAAUUAAUGGAUAUAAUUUAUUUGAAAAGGUAAAUCUUAAUACUCAAAUCGGCGUUAAUUCAUGUGAAACUUUUGGUAUUAAUGUUCAAAGUAUUGAAAAGCAUGAAUUUUGA